UUUCUUCAUAUAUAGACAUCCAGAGAUAAUUUUAAUUAUAAAUAUUUACUAUAUAUUAUAAUAUAUUUCUUUAUACUUAUAAAAAUGUAAUUUUAUAUAUAUAUUUCGCGAGUGUAUUUGUGAUUUUGUUCAUAUCUUUGCAAAGCAAAAAAGCAGUUUUCCUAACCUUUAAACAAAACGUCAUUUUAUUCCAAAAAGAAUCUGUCAAAAUAUUGAAUACCAUUAGUGGAAUGAAAAUAAUUUUUCUUUAUGUAUAUAAUGAAUUUUUUGGUAGUACUUAAGGUAUUCAAUUAAAAUUUUAUAUAUAUAUAAAACUUGAUUUAGCCUAUAAAAGAAACUAAGAGGAAAAUUAUAAUCUUGGCACGAAUUUUGGUACAAGUCAUUGUCUAUUUUCGUUACAGAGGCAAGUUCAAUAAGAUUUUUACAUGUGAAUUCUCUCUUGAAACACACAUAUAUGUAUGUAUAGUUUGAUGUAUUAGCUAUAUAGUUGGGGUAUAUUUAUAGCGUAAAUGGGGCGGCGAGAGUAAAAAUUUUUUCUUUUGAGGUUAUCAGUCUGCAGGAAUGAUUCGUUGGAGAAAGUAGAAGUGCGCGAUUUAUUAUUAUUAUUAUUAUUAUUAAAGUGAGGAACCAUGACCAUGACAUUUCAAACUGAUUCAACCCUUGAGAUGGCUGAAAAAACUAAUGUCAGCCUUUCUCUUAUGAAUCGGGUUUAUUAUGCAGCUAGAGAUGGAAUGGCAAUAACACUUUAUGCUCUUCUCAGUGAAAAAACUUCCGAACAAAUUGGCUGUCUCAUCAAUCAGAAAGUACUACAAGAUGAUGGACAAAGAUGUACACCUUUAAUUGUUGCUUCUCGUUAUGGAAAUGAUAGGGUGGUAAAAAUGUUGAUUGAUAAAUUUAAACCCGAUUUAGAAGAAGAAGGAACUGUUAAAUUUGAUGGUUUUGCAAUUGAAGGUGCAAGUGCUCUUUGGUGUGCUGCGGGUGCUGGCCACUUAGGUGUUGUUAAGACACUUGUUAAAGCAGGAGCAGAUGUUAAUCAUCCAACAAAAACAAAUUCCACGCCUUUGAGAGCUGCUUGUUUUAAUGGAAGAUUGGAUAUUGUCAAGUAUUUAACUGAUCAUCAGGCAAAUAUUCAUAUGGCUAAUAAAUACAACAAUACUUGUUUAAUGAUCGCAGCUUACAAAGGCCAUCUUGACGUUGUGAGUUUUCUCUUAGAAAACGGUGCAGAUCCAAAUGAACGGGCACAUUGUGGUGCAACGGCCUUGCACUUUGCCUCAGAAUGCGAUCACUGUAAAAUAGUAUCCGAAUUAUUGAAACACGGGACAAAAAUGACAAAAAAUGUUUCUGGAAUGACACCAUUAAUGGUGGCUGCCGAAAGAACGAGAAGACAUGUUGUUGAAUGUUUAGUGACAAGAGAAGAAGUCACCAAGGAAGAUCUUAUAGAUGCUUAUGAAUUAUUGGGAGCAUCUUAUGCUAAUGACAAGGAUAAUUAUUGUCUCAGAUGGGCAUAUUUAUAUUUACUCAAAGCUAUGGAUUUGAGGUUUAGUGAUCCAAAUAAUAUUAUACGUAAAAAAAGAAGUGAACCAGUGUCGGCUUAUGAAAAUUGGCGAGAAUGUGAAAAUUUGCAACAAUUAGAAAGUAUAAAAGACGAUUCAAAUUCCCUUCAUAUGGAAUCAUUGGUUAUUAGAGAAAGAAUAUUAGGAACACAUAAUCCAGAAGUGCCACAUCCGAUUGUUUAUAGAGGAGCUGUUUUCGCGGAUGCUGCUCGUUUUGAUAGAUGCAUCGAUUUAUGGCUACGUGCAUUACACUUGAGGCAGCUAAAUAAUAUUUCUGUUGUCAAGGAUCUCCUUCGAUUUGCUCAAGUAUUCUCGCAGAUGAUUCACGUGGGCGUUGAAUUGCAAUUUGCUCAAGUCUUAAAUGUUUUAGAGGCCAGUGUCACGGAACUUGAGAGAAAUAAGACAAAAAUUAAUAAUCCAGAACCGAAAGACGAUGUUGAUCAGUCUAUCGUAAGUAAAGAUGAAAUGGAAUCGAAUAUCACAACGACACUGUAUAUCAUGACAAUUUUAACAAAAUUGAUAACAUUAAAUGAAAGAGAAAAGGAUAAAAUAGAUUUAAGAAAAGCACAUUAUUUAGUGCAUAAAUUAUGUGCACUUAAUGUUACUCUUCGCGAUGGGCAAACUAUUUUACAUCUUGCUGUUAAUGCUGAAACUCCCGUCGAUGAUUUUCAUACAAACGAUGUUUGCAAAUUUCCUUGUGCUAGUACAGCGAAAUUAUUAAUUCAAUGCGGUGCCGAUGUGAAUGCAAUGGAUAGCGAAAGAAAUACUCCACUUCAUGUAAUUGUCAGUUACGAAAAACCAAUAAGUGAUUUUUUGACGUUACACGCAAUUAUAAUGGGAUUAAUAGAAGCUGGCGCACAUAUGGAUACUGUAAAUAGUCAAGGAAAAACACCUUAUGAGUCUGCAACAACUGGUGUUGCUGAUAUAAUAUUACGAACACAAACAAAACUAUCGUUAAAGUGUAUGGCUGCAAAAGUAGUAAAAACAUAUAAUUUAUCUUACUGUGGCAGUGUACCACAAUCAUUGGAAAGUUUCAUAGAACUUCAUGGAUCUGGACUUAAUCAAGGUUAAAUAAUCAUUGUCAAUAAUCGCAA